AUGCGAAGGGGCCGGAAGAGGUAGGAGCUGUCUGUCCGGCCGUGGAUUUCAGGGCACGUUCCGAGCCGGCAGAGGCUCCUUUAAUACGCAAAGACCUAUACAGGAGCGUAAUUUUAUCCCAUUCUUUCCUUCUCAAGGACAUCCCUGGAGCUCCUGUGAAUCGCGGAGGUCAGUCUCUGGCAGACGACCUUAUGGUGAGUACCGCUUAUUCCCAUUUUUCCCAUGUAAAAGUGGGUGGCAGACUGGCACUGUUUUACCAGGCAUGGAAUGUGAUAACCUCAGAUGUGAGGAUUGUGCAAACAACACAAGAGUAUCAGUUGGAGUUAGUCUCUCAUUCCGUACAGGUGCUCCCUCCUUGAGAGAUAAUCAUGCCCGCCAACCAUCAAAACUUAAUUUUGCAAGAAAUUGCAGAGCUGGUGUCAAAAAACGCAAUUUAGCAAAUCCCUGGGGACUCAGCGGGUUUUGUGAGCAAACUGUUUCUAGUCCCCAAGAAAAGAGGCUGAGUACGACCAGUCAUCAAUCUCUGUCCUCUAAAUGCAUUCAUCCAAUACCACCAUUUCAUGAUGGAAGGUAUUCAUUGCCUUUGGGACAUCCUGUUACCAUCGGAUUGGAUGGUCAAGCUGGAUUUAUGAGAUGCGUACCUGUCAAUCUCUGCCGCAGAGGUUCAUCAGAAUUUCCUUCAGUUUCAAUGGCAAGGAACGAAGUGGAGGUUUGUAUGUUUCCCAUUUGGCCUCUCUUCUGCUCCCUGGUGCUUCACAAAAGUUCUGAAGCCGGUUAUUGCCUUUCUAUGCAUGCGAGGCGUAUGCUUAAUUAUAUACUUAGACGACAUCCUUCUCUUGUCACAGUCACAAUUCUUAGCUUCGGGUUCACCUGUCUUGGACAACGCAUUUUCCCCAAAACAUUUUGGUGAAUUAGGAGUAGUCGGUCCUUCUACCUUCCUAAUGCAUAGAAUUUUUGGAAUUCCGAGUAGAUUCGGUUCAGCAGAUGUUGUGUCUAUUGAAAGACAAAAUCACUUAGAUGAAAAAAGAGAUCUGACAUCUGAUGAAUCGGAGAGAAAUUUCGCUCAGACAAGUAGCGAGAAUUAUCGGACUACUGUACUGGCAUUGUCCAUACAAGUUUUUUUUCCAUACCCUCUACAUUAUUGAGCUCUACAAAGACUCAAAGCUUUAUAUCUACGUUCCGGUCACUCGUACAAAACCUGUGUUUCACUAGACAUGGAGUCCAAAGAAGAAAUUACUUGGUAGCUCGCUCACAUGGAAGCGUGAAACGGACGGGCGACUUUUGGAUCUACUCCGGAUCUUGUCAUAGACUUUUAUGUCAGCUUACACGGAAGGGGCGCGCAAUGCAGGACUGUUUCUACCAGUGGCACAUGGUCCGUCAAAGAGGUUUUUCUGCACAUCAAUUGUAUGGAGCUACUAGCGGCAUCCUUCGCCAUAUGCUGCAUGUCUCUCACCGGCAUUUCCUGCUCAAUCCUCCUCAAGCUGGACAACGUCUCAGCCGUACAUUUCAUCAACCACCUGGGGGGAACGAAGUUGAAGAUUUUAGCAGUUAUGGCUCCAGAGUUUUGGCAUUUUUGCCUACAUCACAACAUUUUGGUGAUAGCAGAACAUAUUCCGGGCCAGGAAAAUGCUACAGCGGACUGGAACUCUUGACACCUAUGAGACGCAGAGGAUUUUCACCUUCACCCAUCACUGCGCUGUUGAGGAUGUUCCAGAAACAACACUCCAUCUCCUGGUAGAUGCUUGGGUAACAGGAACUAGACGCUCCUACAAAUCGGCUUAGAGAAAGUGGGCUGAUUGGUGCGUGAGACGAUUGUUGGAUCCCGUAUCACCUCCUCUGAAAGCAGUCUUGCAGUAUCUUACUCUGCUCUUUGAGGAGGGCAAGGCUUUUCGUACCAUAAAUCUCUACAGAUCAGCGAUCUCAUCUGGUCAUAUGGGCUUGGAUGGAGUCCUUAUCGGUAGAAAUUCCUUCAUAUAUGUCGACUCCUCAAAGGCAUUCGUUUUUCUCAACCUUGAUAUUUCUCUUUUUGGGAUGUUAAUGUGAUUUUCAAUUUUUUGGAAGCUUGGCCUUCCAAUCAAGAUUUCCCAAUUUCUAGGGAAAACUGAGUGGAAGCCCAGAAAGGGUCUAGAUUUUUCUCUAACUAACUGUCAAGACAAGGUCUUGGACAUUUUGGGCCCUGCAGCAAAAGUCUUUGAUGCGUUCGAACACGACCGGGAUCUGGAUUGGGAUACUAUCCGUAGUUGGAUCCAAAGAAUAAUUUGCCUAGUGGGCAACGUAAACACAGCGCUUGCUACUGAGCGCCGCAAGUCCAUCUUGCUAAAAAUUGAGUCAAAGCUAGGUAAUCUAGCUAUUAAUGAGUCAGAUGCCCAGGCUAAAGGGCUAUUAUUUGGUGACUCCUUUGUGAAAGAAUUGGGGGCUUUUGUGCAUACCUUCACAGCUUUGGAAUAUGCGCAACAUUUUUCACCAAAAUGUUUUUGCCGGUGCCGGAAGAGGAAGGAGCCGUCUGUCUGGCCGCAUACAGAGAGGUUCUUUUAGACAGAACCGAGGUUCCUAUUCAGGAUGAGCUGGCUUUCAGGAGCAAAGAACAGCACCAGUAUUCUUCCCACAAAGAGGCAGACCCUGGGUCGCAAGGGGCAUUUGAGGAGCUCCUUCUUGCGGAUGACAUUAUGGUAAGUGUCUACUUUCUCCUUUUUUCCCUUUGGGUUGUGGGGGGCAGACUCAUACAUUUUUCUCAUGUGUGGUCGCAUCUGACGUCAGAUGCUUGGGUCCUUCAAGCUGUAACAGGUUAUUGCAUAGAUUUUGUGUCACACAAGAUCAAAAUCUCCCCUCCCAGAGAGAUUGUUUUUUCCCAUCAAGAUACUCUCCUUGUAGCCAAGGAAAUUCAAGAACUGAUGCGCAAAUAAGCCAUCAUAGAGAUUUCAACCCAUACCCUGGGUUAUGUAAUCAAUCUCUUCCUGGUACCCAAAAAGCAGAACAACAUCAAUUUUCUCCAGUUCACGUGUCAAGGACGGAAAUGGAGGUUCACAUGCCUCUUUCGGCCUGUCAUCAGCCCCGUGGUGUUUCACCAAGAUCAUGAAACCCGUGGUUGCUCUGUUAAGAAGUUGAAGCGUUUGGCUAAUUAUCUAUCUGGACGAUAUACUCCUUCUAGCCCAGUCAUCCAACCUUCUCCACACACAUCUGACGUGGACCUUGGCGUUGUUACAAAACCUGGGUUUCCUUAUCAAUUCGGAAAAAUCCAUUAUGACACCUGCUCAACAUAUUGUGUUCCUGGGAUUAGUAAUCGAUUCAACCUCUCAGACGUUACAUUCACCAGCAUCAAAAUUGCUAAAUAUAAAAAAAAAAAGAGAUCAGAUGCACAUUGACUGUUCCCCAGCUCUCCCUCAAACACUUGGCACGAUUCAUCGGACUUCUAGCAGCUUCAAUCGAAACCAUAUUCCCAGGUUCAGAUCCAUUACCGAGCACUUCAACGGUUACAGGCCUCUUACCUCAGAGGCGGAGCAUCCUACGAAGACAUGGUGACAUUAGACAAAGAGGCGAAAGAUGAGCUUCAGUGGUGGCUUCUCCACAUGGAAGCAUGGAAUGGAUGCACUAUCUUCGGAACAACCCCAGACCUGAUUAUAGAAUCGGAUGUGAGCUUACACGGUUGGGGUGAGCUUUGUGGAGAUAGCUCCACAGGAGGCACAUGGUCAGACCUAGAUUCGACGCUACAUAUCAAUUGCCUAGAACUUCUGUCCGGAUCCUUUGCUGUAUGCAGUCUAUCUCCUAAUCAUUCUUAAUGCACAAUUCUACUGAAGAUAGACAAUGUUUCUGCAGUCAGAUACAUCAACCAUCUAGAAGCCACGAAAUCCAAAGUUCUGGCGAACAUGGAACGCGAUUUCUGGCAUUUUUGCCUUAUGUACAACAUCUCGGUGACAGCGGAAUAUAUUCAUGGCCUCUCCAACACCACAUCUCAAGGACUUCAGCAAUUGGCGUCUGGACCCCCUGAUAGUCAAGAAAAUUAUAGUCACUUGGGCACCUUUGGGAAUAGAUCUUUUUGCCUCUCAUUUAAAUGCUCAACUCCCUAGUUUUUUCAGCUCUGAUGAUGAAUGCCUUUUCUCAAGAUUGGGCCACGGAGACAAACUAUGCAUUCCCCCCGUUUGCACUUAUUCCUCGUUGCCUUCUGCAACUGCGCCACCAACAUGGAAUGUUGGUAUUUGUGACGCCCCCCCCUCUAUGGCCGUCACACCCAUAGUUCUCUCAUCUAUUGGAAAUGGUGAUAGACUUUCCCCGCCUUCUUAUGUCAUACGAUUCUCUCCUCUAGGUUCCACACGGACAGUUUCACCCGUUAAUCCUCCAGGGUCUCCUUCAACUUAUGGCUUGGCUGAUUUCAGGGGACCUUGGUCAAUCGAGGACGUUUCGCAAUUAACUCUCAUGGGCACCCGGCACGAGACAAGCUUAUAAAUCUGCUUGGAAUGCAUGGAAUGAUUGGUGCUUGGAAAGAGAUCUGGAUUCCUUAUCGGCUCCUUUAACAUCCAUCUUGCGUUUCUUGAUUUCUUUUUUUGAAGCAGGGAAAGCACAUCGCACUGUUAAUCUUUACCGUUCUGCACUUUCCGCUGGACAUCAGGGCAUCGAUGGUGUACCCAUCGGACGACAUCCCUUUGUCUGUCAACUCCUACGUGGAGUGCCUUUUUCUCGCCCUCUGUUACCUCGUUAUUCUUCAGUUUGGGAUGUUUCUCUUGUCCUCAGUUUUGUAGAGUCAUGGCUGGAGAAUGUUUUCUUAUCCCUCAAACAACUUUCUGCAAAAUUAGUCAUGCUUUUCUGUCUCAUCUCAUGCAAAAGAGUCUCUGAUGUACAAGCUAUUGACACAGACACUCGUUCCUUUACACCGGAAGGUCUCCUCUUUGACAUUUCUAGAAGGACCAAGACCUCUUCAACGUCUGUACUGUACCUGGCAUUUCAGGUGAAGCCUCUCCUUUGCCCAGUGGCAUGUCUACGAGAAUACAAACUCCAUACUGCUUCGCUCCAGAAUCCUAUGAGACCUUAAUUAUUCAUCUCUUUCCACAAACCACACCUUACAGUAUCCUCUACUUCUCAGGCCAGAUGGGUCAAAUGGAUUAUGACAUUAGCCAGCAUUGAUACUUCCUAUUCUCUCUACACUUUUUGUACGAGGUGCUAUGGCCUCUAACGCUUCUGCGGUAGGAUGCCGACUAGACGAUAUUUUACAAGCUGCCAACUGGUCAUUGGAAUCUAUGUUUUGAGACUUUUAUUUUAAGCCGAUUCAACAUUUUGCUGGAACAGUUAUUUCACAGCUUUAAAUUAGCAUAAUAGGAGCCUCUAUGUCUUAAUAAAAUUACCAGAUUUUACUAUUUACUUGGCGUAAAGUCAUGAUUUUAUUAACGACACGGAGGCGAGUAUAAUCCCUGCCACCCUUCCCUGGAUGGUGGUGUAAUCUGGGUAAGUUACGUACGGUACGUUUCUUUGAUUAGUCUUGUUCCCUAUUAAGGUGAUUUGGGUUUUGAAUUUUCUAAUGUCUGUCUCCAUCUCCAACAAUAUGUUGACUGAAUAAAAAUGUAAAUCAGAUAUUGACUAUUAGUUUACACGAUGUUAUUUUAUGCAUGAAUCCAGUUUUAUACUUGGAUAUUACCAUAUUCUACUCUCUCUUACAGCUUGACCUGGAAACCCACUUGUUAUUGGAAUUAUCCCCUUAUUGGAGUUCCUUUUCUGUUGAAUGGUUGUCCUUGUUCAGGAUCGCAAGGAAAAGGAAGUAGUUUAGUGAAUGCCGCCUAUUAUGCUGGAGAGUGGAAUCUGAUUUGCUGUUUAGUUGCUAUGUUAGAUAUAUGUUACUGACUGUUUCCUUUAUUGAUUUCAAUGUUAAAUUUUUCUUUGCUACUGGGGGAAAUAAAGAAAGAGUGCAGCAUAAUACUCGCCUCUGUGUCGUUAAUAUAAUCAUGACUUUAUGUCAUGUAAAUAGUAAAAUCUGGUAAUUAUAAUAUAUCCUAAACUAGAGCAAGGGACAAGUGCCCCCUUGUGGCAGCAGUGUUACAGAUUUAAUUUCCAAAAGGUAAACGAAAUAGUAAACUUUUUUUGUUUUAAAUUCUUUAUUUUGGUUGUGCUUCAUUUGUAGUACAUAGUGAUCGACAUGCCUGUGGUGUCAACAAUUCUUCACAAAAAGAUAAUAGGAGCAUGACAAUGGUAUAUAGCACUGUUUUGUAUUUUUUUUUAACAGCUAGUCAUUGCCAAAGCAUUAUACUAAGUCUGUCAGCUAGCGUAUUGUGUGUGUAUAUGCGCUGAAGGGUCUCCCUUUGGCCGUUGAAGACCUGGACUGUCACACUCGAUACUAAGUGGUAAAAGUGUCAUCUGGUUUGUUCGCCGCUAUGGCGGUCGGCUGUGUUGUAGUAUUGGUUGUUGCGUUGCUAGCCGCAUUUUUACACAUAUGGGGUGGCACCUGUCUGUCAGCUGGUUGUGGGGGGAAGGUCAUUGUGGCUGUCAGAUUUUACGUCAGUUUGCGGAGCCAGAGACUUAGAAAUCAAGUUAAGUAAAUGGAACAUCAUUAAGUAAAAGAAAUGGAACAAAGAUAUAACAAAAAUAUAAACCGCUGGGGGUAGCCCAAGUAUUUAAGUCCUUGCGUUAGAGGAGAAAAGGUGAGUGCAGUUUGAGUUGGCCUGCAGUCCUUUCCUACAGCAGUGAUGUAACUCUUCAGGUCAGUGCGUUGCAAGGUGGUGCCGCCAUUGCUCUUGGUACAAAUGGUGUUAUCCAGUCAAACGACCACCUCGGUUGGGGUGUUGUCGAUAAGGUUCCAUUUGGCAGUCCCAGCUUGCUGAGUAUGGCAGAAGCCUCCGAGAGGUGAGUGAGGGAGUGGGUCUUGCCGUCCUUCUCCACCCGGAGCCUGUGCAUACCCCAUUUGUAGGGAACCUUGUGGUCUCGGAGUAAUUGGGUGAUUGGGCGAAGUGUCUGUCUCCACAGGAUGGUGUGGCGGGACAAGUCCUUAUAGAAGGUGAGGUGGUGUGGUGGAAUCUCGGUAAAAAUAAAUUUAGUAGGCCGAGAUUACCACGUGGCAUGUGUACGUGCAUAUGCUGACGUAUCGAUCAGUUGGUUGCACGAGGCAAGAUACGAUCAGUAGUGUACGGAGCAUGUGCAAGAAUACAGGAUGUAGUAUUCCCCUCCUCCAUUGUGCUGGACAAGCCAUGUGGUCAAGCAGGAAGUUAAUUCUUAUUUGUAAUGAUUGGUCAAGAGAAUGUGCGGGUGGAGCUUAAUAUGGGAGGAGUUAUGUGCCUAUAUAGGGAGCCUGCACUAUUGUUCAGGGCUCAGAACUUGCUGUAUUUUUGGUGACAUUAGUCCCUCUGAGUCCCGAUCGGUGAUCCAAUAAAGAAUCUCUUCCUUCCUGAAGAAACCUGUGUCCAUCUCUCUGUGCUUUGCUUCCGUCAGUUUCUCCGGUAUCAUUUGGUGCAUUGGCCGGGAAGCUCAUCGUUCAACGGUAGCUGAGAGGCAGAGGCGUGAGACGGUCUAUCUUUGCCCACGUUCUCUACGGCUGCACCCCUGAACUUCUGCGUGGACCUCCCUUCGUCUCGGCGCCACUGGUCUGUUGUCCAGGAGAUCAUCGGCCUCUACGUAAGAAGUGCUGGGGUGUCCCCGUCGAUGAGUGUGAACUCAGGUUCAGGAACGAGGAGGUAAGACAACUGCUGUUUUAGACGGCAGACCCACUAGGGGUAUACCGAUUGUGCGGUAGGCCCAAAAGGGGUUUAAAUCUGUGUAUGGAAUCUGCCCCCUCUGUCGGAGGGAAGGAGCGAAGGCGCACCGCUCGAUCGAACGCUCUUUAGUAAGACCGUUUGAUCUGGUUAGUCAGGCGGGGUCCUGUGUAAAUAGCCCUAGCCGGACACCGGUGUCUUGUCUAGACUAGCGUUCUAGGGUGUAUAUUACGUUCGCUAGGUCGGAGGGACCGGGAGACUAAGCGGCGCCUGUGUAAAUUCGGUUCGCUAGCUCUCAACCUAUCUUGGCUAAGUGGGAAGGCGUGUAAAUUUGGAACCCACUAGACUUUUGAUAGAGUAAAUAGACUAGAAGGGCAAUUUUGUAAAUUCCGCCCUCUAGUUCGCUAUAUGUGGUGCUUGGGCAGUGUGGCUAACCAAAACGGGUGUAUAUAGUUUUAGGUAGUCCAUUCAAGGUACUGGCCAAUAGUUUAGUUGGGAUUGUACAUGUGUUAAAGAUUGUUAGUAAAGUGUAUAUCUUGUUAGAUAGCGCGAGCUCAGCCGUCUAGCGAGAGUGUUAAUAGUGUGUUGCUGUAUCAUAGUGCACGGUACCAUAACCCUGUAUAUUUACUGACACUGUAUAUAAGUACUAAUCAUUGUCGUCUAUUGCAUGUUUAACACAGUAACCACUAAUAAUUGUAUUGUGACCUUAAAUUGUGCUUUGACCUAUGCUAACCGUACUGUAACCGAUACUAGUAAAAGACGAUGUUACUGGGGUGUGUUAUAGACGGGUAAUUCAUAUAUAGAGAAUUAUAGCGUGGGUGACUGUAUAGUUUCGCCAAAGGGCAUAAUAUUGAUUAUUUAGUGACUGGUGUAACAGCUGUGUGUGUACGGGAAUUCCCUGAGUGAUUAUUGUGUUAUUGUGUACGUUUCACUCGGUAACUGUACCACGUGGUGCUGUUGCCAGAGGAAACGGGUGUGACUGUUGAAUAAGAACGCGUGCAUAGUAUUCGUUGUCAACGACGUUCCAUUGAUAAGUAUGGGCGCGUCAGAGUCAACGAUUUCGGAUCCCUUAGGUUGUAUGGUAAAGAAUUUUAAAAAGGGAUUCAAAACAUGUGAUUUUGGGGUUAAAAUGUCUCCUGUACGUUUGGUCACUUUGUGCACUAGGGAGUGGCCUACUUUGGUUGCGGCAUGGCCGCCGCGUGGCAGUUUGGAUCCAACCCUGGUACAGCGUGUACACGUGGCUGUAUCAGGUAGGCCUGAACUUUACGGACAGUUUCCAUACAUUGAUUGUUGGGGCAGGCCGUAAACGACUCGCCAAAAUGGAUCCGGAUAUGCCACGAGGAGCAAUGUCGCCUCAUGGUGGCCAGGACUUGUUUGUCCACUAGGACUGGUGUUAGGCCCAUUUUGGACACGCCCCCUGAGUCCGAGAUCCCUUUGCCGCCCCCUUACUUUCCUUUAAGAGGAAGUGACGCGAAUGCAGGAAGUUCUGCACCCCUUCCCCUAUUGCCCCCAUCCACUUCCGCUUCCUCCUCCAGUACAGAAUCCACCCCCCCUCGUAUUAAAACUCCCCUUCCGGAACCAGGACCAACCCCCAUUAGAUUUGAAUAUCCUGAUUUGGCGCCACUUCAAACUUCCGGUCAAGCUUCUUCUAGCUCGGCUCGGAGUAUACUAUUCACUAACUUUUCCCAAAAUCAAGUUCCCACAUCCUCAUGCCCUAUUACCUCUCGACCGGAACCUUUAACUGACGCCCCUCCACGUAGCCCCAUACUAACCCGACAACUGACCGGUACCCAACAAUUAAAACAUUAUCAGAUGCCUCUUCGUCUGAAUCCUGGGUCAGCCUAUAUCGAUGCCGCAGGUCAAAUGGCACAUGCUGACCCAGUCUUCGUAUAUGUCCCGUUCACGACUACCGAUCUCUUGAAUUGGAAGACCCACAAUUCCUCGUACACUGAGAAACCACAAGCUAUGACCGAUCUGUUCACCUCGAUAGUUCAGACACAUAACCCGACAUGGGCUGAUUGCCAGCAGUUAUUAAUGACAUUGUUCAAUAAUGAGGAAAGGACAAGGAUUAACCAAGCGGCCAUUAAGGCGCUAGAGGAGAGAGCCCGUGCUUUAAAUCAAGCCAAUCCGGCAGCAUGGGCCGCAACACAUUACCCUAACACCGAUCCUGACUGGAAUGUAAAUGGCGCAGAUAUGGCUCAACUUAAAGCCUAUAGAGAUGCUAUAAUUGCUGGCAUGAAAGCCGGAGGGAAGAAAGCUAUUAACAUGUCGAAGACAGUUGAGGUGAUUCAGAAAAGUGAUGAAGCGCCCAGUGUCUUUUAUGACCGAUUAUUGGAGGCAUACCGCUUGUAUACCCCCUUUAAUCCGGAAGACGCUGAUAAUUCCCGAAUGGUAAACUCCGCCUUUGUCAGCCAAGCUUACGGAGAUAUUAAGCGCAAGCUACAGAAAUUAGAAGGGUUUGCAGGUAUGUCUAUCACCCAACUAAUGGAGGUAGCGAACAAAGUAUAUAUGAAUAGGGAAACAGAAAGUAAGAAAGAGGAAGAGCGCAAGAUGCGUAGAAAGGCAGAUAUGCUAGCGGUAGCGAUCGCAGGCGUAGAUAGACGGGGCCCAGAUAGAAGCGAUGGUAGAUGGAAUAGGGAGCCUUUGAGUAGGAAUCAGUGCGCGUACUGUAAGGAAGAAGGGCAUUGGAGGAACGAGUGUCCGCAAAGAGAGCAGUAUAAGAGAGACUUACCCAGGGCAGGUUACGGAAACUUUAGAGGCAGAGCGAGAGGUAGAGGAGGCCCCGGAGGGAGUAAUGGGAACAGAGGAAGUGUAAGGGAAGAUAGGUACUAUCCAGCAGCGCAAAGGUCCCGCGAUAGAGAAGGUAGGGACUUUGUGGGAUUGGCUGACACGGUCAUGGAGGACUAUUGAUACCGACCGGGCUCCAUCCCCCUUGGUCGAGCGGAGCCUAUGGUCGAUGUAUCAAUAGGGGGAAAAAGGAGUGCGUUUAUGAUCGACACUGGUGCUGAACAUUCGGUGGUGACUAAUCAAGUUGCUCCUCCAUCUGGAAGAACUAUUACUGUAAUAGGAGCAACUGGAAGAAGUGCUGAAAAAACGGUUCUUAAAAGUCGACUCUGUACAUUGGGAGGCCACGUAGUAAAACAUCAAUUCCUUUAUAUGCCUGAGUGUCCAGUCCAAUUGCUGGGACGUGAUAUGCUAUCCAAAUUACAAGCGCAGAUUACGUUCCUACCAAAUGGAACAACAUCCUUAAAGUUUAAUGGACCUUCAGGUAUUAUGACAUUGUCCGUACCAAAGGAAGAAGAGUGGCGACUUUAUACAGUGUUGACUAGCCAAAACCCGAGGAGUGAUGAAUCCUUAUUUAACAUACCAGGAGUUUGGGCAGAGAACAACCCACCAGGACUGGCCCGCAAUAUUCCACCUAUUAAAAUCGAACUAAAACUUGGGGUUUAUCCAGUAAGCCUGAGACAAUAUCAUAUUCCGCAGAAGGCUAAGAAGAACAUCCAAUCUUAUCUGGAUAAGUUCAUACGGUAUGGUAUCCUAAAAUUCUGUACUUCCCCUGGAACACCCCAUUGCUGCCUGUUCAAAAGCCCGGUACAGAUGAGUAUCGACCUGUGCAGGACUUGAGAGCAGUCAAUGAUGCGGUUGUUAGUAUACAUCCAGUCGUGCCCAAUCCAUAUAACCUGCUUGCUUUAAUUCCGGGCGGGGCUACUUACUUUACAGUCUUAGAUCUCAAAGAUGCCUUCUUUUGCCUCCGAAUUGCCGCAGAAAGCCAAUGUAUCUUCGCUUUCCAAUGGGAAAAUGCUGUAACGGGCUCGAAACGCCAAAUGACCUGGACAAGAUUGCCCCAGGGGUUUAAAAAUUCACCUACCCUAUUUGGUUCAGCUCUAAGUCAAGAUCUACUAGAUUUCGAGUCUAUCCCAGGAGAGUGUGUAUUAUUACAAUAUGUAGAUGACUUGUUGAUAGCAGCAGUUACAAAGGAAGUAUGUCAGCAAGCAACGCACGAUCUACUACACAUUCUCUGGAAGGCAGGAUACAAGGUGUCAAGAAGGAAGGCUCAGUUGUGUUUGCCAACUGUCAAAUAUCUGGGAUUCCAUAUCUCUGAAGGUCAAAGAAUUAUGGGGCCAGAGAGAAAAGAAGCUGUGUGCCAAAUACCGAUACCCAGGAAUAGAAGACAAGUGCGAGAAUUCUUGGGGGCAGCAGGCUUCUGUAGGAUAUGGAUUCCCAGCUACGCGAUACUGGCAAAACCUCUGUAUGCAGCUAUCAAAGGUACAGAGCACGACCCCUUCUUAUGGACUCAAGAACAGCAAACGGCAUUCGAAGAUGUGAAGAGGGCUUUGAUGAGUGCCCCAGCAUUAGGUCUACCUGACCACACACGGCCAUUCUACCUGUAUGUACAUGAGCAAAGAAGAAUGGCUGUGGGAGUAUUGACACAGUACUUGGGAUCAUGGCAAAGACCUGUUGCCUACAUGUCUAAGCAACUGGAUGCAGUGGCCAGCGGACUUCCACCUUGUCUAAGAGCUGUAGCUGCAGCCGCCCUGCUAGUAGCUGAAGCCGAUAAACUCACUCUGGGUCAAGAACUUUAUGUACGAGUUCCACAUGCAGUACAGACGUUGUUGGAUUACAAAGGAAAUCAUUGGUUUAGUAACAGCCGUAUGACCAAGUAUCAAGCAAUGUUGUGUGAAAACCCAAGAGUGCAUUUAGAGACUGUAAAUACCUUAAAUCCAGCUACCCUUUUGCCACAACCUACUGAAAGUCAACAUGAUUGUUUGGAAGUAAUGGAUGAAGUAUUUUCAAGUAGACCAGAUCUUCGUGAUUUUCCCAUCCAGAACCCUGAUGUUCAAUAUUACACCGCGGCAGUAGUUAUGUAAAAGAAGGGAUCCGCUAUGCAGGAUAUGCAGUAACAACGAUAGACAAGGUGAUAGAAGCUCGGCCACUGGCAAAAGGAACAUCAGCACAAAAGGCAGAAUUGAUAGCACUGACACGAGCGUUACAAUUGGCUGAAGGUUUAAGAGUGAACAUCUACACGGACUCCAAGUAUGCGUUUUUAACCACUCAUGCCCACGGAGCUUUGUAUAAAGAAAGAGGACUAUUGAAUUCAGAAGGCAAAGAAAUCAAAUACGCAGCUGAGAUCCUACAACUAUUGGAAGCAGUGUGGGAGCCGAAAGAAGUCGGUAUUAUACAUUGUCGGGCGCAUCUGAGAGGAGAUGGUGAUGUAACCAAAGGGAAUCGGAUGGCAGAUAGUGCAGCUAAGCGUGCUGCUGAAUCAGGAAGACAGGAAUAUGUAGGGCAUAUAGCUGCUCUUAUACCAACUCCACUGUCUCAAUGGACUCCAAUUUAUACAGCUCAAGAAGAGGAGUGGUUAAGGACUGAACCUGGAAAGUAUUUGGAGAACAAAUGGUAUCAGUUAGAAGAUGGAAGAAUAGUUAUUCCAGCAUCACUAGCGGUAGAAAUUGUCCAAAACUAUCAUAACGGGACACAUUCUGGGAGAGACAGUACAGAAGAAUCUCUCAGAAAACAUUUCUACAUACCAAGAUUGUCCAACUUGACUCAGGCCAUUGUACGUAGAUGUGUAGCGUGUGCUAAAAAUAAUGCAAGACAAGGACCAGUAAAGCCACCAGGAGUCCAGUUUAUGGGGGGACUUCCCAUGUCCGAUUUACAAAUUGACUAUACAGUGAUGCCUAAAUCGGGUGGACAUCGCUACCUGCUGGUAGUGGUGUGCACCUAUUCAGGCUGGGUAGAAGCAUGUCCUACUCGUACAGAGAAAGCAGGAGAAGUCGUGAGAUUCCUGCUACGAGAAAUAAUACCCCGAUAUGGACUACCCUGCUCUAUAGGAUCGGACAAUGGUCCAGCUUUUGUUCAUCAGUGCCUACAACAAUUGACUCAUAUGCUUGGUAUAAAGUGGAGGCUUCAUACGGCAUAUAGACCCCAGAGUUCUGGUAAGGUAGAGAGAAUGAAUAGAACUAUUAAGAAUCAGUUGGCUAAAUGUGUCAGGAAACCCAACUUAAGUGGAACGUUCUCUUGCCCAUAGCUCUAUUGCGAAUCCGUAGUACACCUACCAGAAGGAUGGGCCUCUCUCCUUUGAAAUCAUGUACGGGCGACCACCUCCCGUGCUUGGUAACUUAAGGGGGGAUUUGAGUCAGUUGGGAGAAGGAAUUACCCGGCAGCAGGUUGUAGAGUUGGGUAAGACUAUGGAGGAGGUACAGAAAUGGGCACAAGAUAGAUUACCUGUGAAUAUUUAUCCCCCAAUUCAUAGUUACCACCCAGGCGACCAAGUGUGGAUUAAAGAGUGGAAUAAUGUGCCGUUAGGGCCCAAGUGGAAAGGUCCUUAUGUUGUUCUUCUGUCUACCCCUACAGCGAUAAAAGUAGCCGAAGUGGCUCCGUGGAUACAUCACUCCAGGGUUAAACCAGCAGCAGCCGAUUCUUGGCAAGUUACAGCAGAUCCAGAGAAUCCCUGCAAGAUCCGGUUAAAACGCACGACUCAGUCGGAGUGACGAGGAACCUUGUGGAUUACAAAUUUUAUUGUUUCAGAGACUUGGUAAGUGAGUGAGAAGGCCAUAAUAAAGCCUGUCCACUCACCAACGAGUGUAUAAGUCAGGGAAAGUCUUGAGGGACCCCUGUGAAGACGAGCAGAACUCCAUUCCCUGCAGCCCUUACAUCCUGGAAGCUGAGGUGCCUUCGCACGGACGAAGACUGAGGAUGAUGACGAAAGAUGUAUUUUUAAUAAUGUUUAUUUAUGUGUAUUUUUAUAUUCAGGAAGGUAGAGGUACCGACACUCCUAGCUGUGAGGUAUGCAUUAAGACUACAAGAACAGGUAACCAUAUAUCCCGGACCCUAAUUUGGCAUUCGCAAUAUGAGUGUAAAGGAGAUGUAUCAAGAUGUAGAUACUUAAAUAUAGAAUAUAGUGUGUGUCAUUUAGGAGUAGGAGAACCUAAGUGCUUCAGUCCUGGGUAUCAACCCCGUACAAUUUGGUUGACUCUCAGAAAUGGAGAUCCUCAGGGGACCCUAAUUAAUAAGACGGUAUUAGAAUCCGUAUAUUCUUCAGGUGCUCUGCUAUUUGAUGCAUGUAAAGCAAUAUCAAGUGGUAGAAAGCCGUGGAAUGUAUGUGGGGAUCUUAGAUGGGAGAGGACGUAUGGGUCUAACGAUAAAUAUAUUUGUCCCAGUAGUAAAAAAUAAAUAUGUAAGUCCAAGAUGCCCAAAUAGAGAUUAUAACUUCUGCCCAUAUUGGUCUUGUGUGGGGUGGGCGACUUGGGGACAGACAGCAGACAAGGACAUGAGUGUGACUAAGUUGCCUACUAAUCCAUAUUGUAAGUCUAUGGAAUGCAAUCCAAUCCAUAUACUUAUAAAUAACCCUGACAAGUUCUUAGAUAAAUAUGGGAAUUUAUUUGGGUUUCAAAUAUAUGGGACGGGUUUAGACCCUGGGACAAUAUUGUUUAUAGGGAUAGAGACUGAUACGGUAACCUCCCAAACUCAUCAAGUAUACCAUUCCUUUUAUGAAGAGAUGAGCAUAGAUAAUAAGAUCCCCCAUAAUGCUAAAACUUGUUCAUUGAUUUAGCCGAGAGUAUUGCCGGUAGUCUUAAUGUUACCAACUGCUAUGUGUGUGGAGGUACUAACAUGGGAGACCAAUGGCCUUGGGAAGCAAAGGAGGUAAUGUCCGGUUCUGAGGCAGUUGACCAAUUAUUAUCUACACAAGCCGACUAUCAUAUGAGUGUUAGAGGUAAAUCUGAGUGGAGAUUGAAGACCUCCAUCAUAGGUUAUGUUUGCAUAGCGAGGAAAGGAAUGAUGUAUAAUACUUCGGUAGGAGAAUUAACUUGUCUAGGGCAAAAAGCUUAUGAUGAUGAUACAAAGAAUACAACUUGGUGGUCGGCUUCAAAUAUCUCAGAACCAUCUAACCCGUUUGCAAGAUAUGCCAAUUUAAAGGACGUAUGGUUUGAUCUAUCCAUCACAUCUAACUGGAGAGCCCCAGCCAAUUUGUACUGGAUCUGUGGUAAGAAGGCCUAUUCGGAGUUACCACAGGACUGGGAAGGGGCAUGUGUGUUGGGUAUGUUGAAACCAUCCUUCUUCUUGUUGCCUAUUGAAACAGGUGAGACUUUAGGUGUUAAAGUGUAUGAUGUGAAUCAUAGGAAGAAAAGGGAACCCAUAGAGAUAGGUGCCUGGGAAGAUAAUGAAUGGCCUCCCCAGCGUAUUAUAGAUUAUUAUGGGCCAGCCACGUGGGCAGAGGAUGGUACCUUUGGUUAUAGAACCUCUAUUUAUAUGCUCAACCGCAUUAUAAGGUUACAGGCGGUGGUUGAGAUCAUUACUAACGAGACAUCACAAGCGCUCAAUCUUCUAGCGAAGCAUAAUACCAGGAUGAGGACAGCGGUUUACCAAAAUAGAUUAGCCUUGGAUUAUCUUUUGGCAGUAGAGGGAGGUGUAUGUGGGAAGUUUAACCUGAGCAAUUGCUGUCUUCAAAUAGAUGACGAAGGGCAAGCAAUAGCUGAGCUUACUAGCCAUAUGGUUAAACUAGCACAUGUUCCUACUCAGGUAUGGAAAGGGUACAAUCCAAGUAGUUGGUUUGGUAGCUGGUAUGAGUGGUUUGGAGGGCUUAAGGCAGUGGUAGGUGGAGUCCUACUGAUUUUAAUGUUGUGUCUACUCCUGCCGUGUCUUAUACCCUUAGUAGUUAGGUCUGUGCAAAGCCUGAUAGAAAAUAUAGCAGAGAGGAAGGCUGCUCCACAGAUAAUGGCAAUUUAUAAAUAUAAGGCUCUAGAUCAGGGAGAACCAAUGCAGGAAGACGAGUGUUGAAGAUUCACAUCAUAGGAUAAGUCUGGUCUGGUUCAAAGGUAACUUGUGGUGUAUGCAAACCAAGGUUAAGUGAUGCCUCAAGUAAUUGUAAAAUAUCAAGAGGCAUCAAAGGGGGGAAUGUGAUGGGAUUCCAGCAUGGUUAAAAUUUAGUAGGCCAAAAUCUCCAUGUGGCAUAUGUGUAUGUUGUGUCAGUUGGUUAGCUACAUGUAUCUAGGAUACUGUCAUCAGUGUACUGAGCAUGUGCAGGAAUGCAGGAACUGAAAUUGCACUUAUUUCCUUUGUCUUGGAUGGGCCAUGUGGUUUGACUAGAUGUACAAGUCUAUAUUCUGCUCAUUGAUUGGUUAAAGGUAUAUGUGGGUGUAGCUAUUAAUGGGAGGAGUUAUGUGCCUAUAUAGGGAGCCUGCACUAUUGUUCAGGGCUCAGAACUUGCUGUAUUUUUGGUGACAUUAGUCCCUCUGAGUCCCGAUCGGUGAUCCAAUAAAGAAUCUCUUCCUUCCUGAAGAAACCUGUGUCCAUCUCUCUGUGCUUUGCUUCCGUCAGUUUCUCCGGUAUCAGUGGUGGCCCUCAAAAUCAACAGCAGGUGUCUUCCUGGUUGCUCCCAUAAUGAUCCCCCUAUCAGAGUCCCGGACACAUUUUAUCAGCACGUCUUUGGGUGCCUCUUGAGGAGCUAUAGGCAGGCGAAAAUAAUAGUCUGUUGCUACCUGUUUCGAAAUAUUAAACUUUUAAAUCUACACAUUAAUGGCAUACAUUCAGUGGGAUUUCUUUAGCAAACAACGUGUACUUAUCGACUUUUUUUUUUCUUUCUUACACAUCUUUCUGCAAAAAAAGCCAUUUAUAUAUACAUAUAUUUUUGCUUCUCAACGACUGCCAUACAAACCGUACUAACUUCUCGCCACCAGGUGUCGCUCUACUUUUCAUCUCGCAGUGCGCGUUCUCUAGGACCCUGUGGAACUCCGCAUUGGGUUCACUGAUCCGCUCGUGCGCUUGUGACGGAGAACAACGCUGGCCGGCGCGUUGACGUCACUGGGAACGCGCAAAGACGGUGGAGGAGGGGAGAACGGAGACCGGGGGUAAGAGCGUGAAUACCCCCCCCACCCCCCAUCCUCACUAUAUUAACACCCCCUCCCCCCCCUUCCUAAUACAGGAUAGAGGAGCCGUGUUAUAGUGUUAUUAUAAUAUCCUCCAUUGUCAUCACUGUGUGUACAGCACGGCUUGCUAUGGUGUCAGGAGGGACAGUGCUGCCAUAGCAUGGGAAUGGGAACAGCAACCUCUGUGUAUAAUGGCUGGCUGGCUGGCUGUGUAUAGAGAUAUAAUAUAAUAUAGUGUGUGUAUAUAUAUAUAUUAAUAUAGUGUGUGUGUGUGUAUAUAUAUAUAUUAAUAUAGUGUGUGUGUGUGUAUAUAUAUAUAUUAAUAUAGUGUGUGUGUGUGUGUGUGUGUAUAUAUAUAUAUAUAUUAAUAUAGUGUGUGUAUAUAUAUAUAUAUAAAUAUAAUAUAGUGUGUGUGUGUGUGUGUGUAUAUAUAUAUAUAUUAAUAUAGUGUGUGUGUGUGUGUGUGUGUAUAUAUAUAUAUAUUAAUAUAGUGUGUGUGUGUGUGUGUGUGUGUGUGUAUAUAUAUAUUAAUAUAGUGUGUGUGUGUGUGUGUAUAUAUAUAUAUAAAAUGCAUCUCACUGCCUUCCCCCCCCAUUUAUAUACAGUUUUAAUGAUACACAGUGAUUCUGUGUAGAGAGUUGUUUGUUGUUGUUGUUAUUAUUAAGAUUGUGUCUAGCCCAAACCCCCCUGUUUCUGCAAAUGAAACAUGUCUUGAAUUGACUUGUAUAUUCACCCAUUCUUAUGUUGGUACAUAAAAAAAAAAAUAAAAAAAAUAAGAAUAAUGCACUGGUGGACAAUAUAUACCAAGGUGUGUAACUCUGAGGUAGGUAAUGGUGGUAGGGUUUUAGUUAAUUGUAGCGAAAGCUGGAUUGCAGAAAAGAUUAAAUAAUUGCAAGUUAUUUAUUGAACAAGCGAUAAAGUAUGUCUCAUGCAUUAUAAUGUCACCCCGUUAAAUAAAAACAAACAUUGAUUCAUAUUAAAGCUGGUAUGGUAUCCAGAGUAUAACUGGAGUGUCAAAGGUUAACUGUCCCUGUAAUAUGUUAUCCAGUAAGUAUUCUUUUACUUGUGCUUUACAGUUUGUUUUUCCUUGGAUGAAACGUGAGUACUCACUUAACACUCCAAGCACCAUAACUGCUAAAAAGCCUUUGUAGUGGUUAUGGUGCCAUGACAGCUCUAACCUGUCAAACUAUUCUAGCACUAUCUAACAAGUAUCUGGUUUGUGCUGCUUACAGUUUCAAGAGUUUAUGAUGAGCACUCUCGUCAGUUAAUCUCUUCCUAUCUAACAAAAUUAAAAUCUGACAUCUCCGGGUCAAGCAGCCAUCAGGUUCCGGUAAGUGCAAGACCACACUAAAACCGUUUGCAUUGUGAUGUGCCUCUUGGCACCAUAUCCACUACAGCUGGCUAUAGGAGUUUGAGUCCUUGGGGUGUUCUUUUAAAAGGGUUCAACACCAUGUUUUGAAAUUUUUGUGUCUGCCAGUUUCAUUGUGACUCUUAAUAUAUUAUGUAAACAUUGAAAUAGAUUUUGCAUACAUGUUGCAACUGAGCAGCUGGUUGGUUAAAGAUGUGGGUGGUGGGAAUGUUUGCAUGUUAUCUGUUAAAGGACAACUGUAACCUCAAAGAUGUUUUUAACCCCUUAAGGACCAAACUUCUGGAAUAAAAGGGAAUCAUGACAUGUCACACAUAUCACGUGUCCUUAAAGGGACACUCCACUGCCCAAAUACAAAAUAAACAGAAAUCACUGUUUAGAAGAUACUCCCCAACUGAAAACUUGUAUUUAAUUAUGUAUUUUUUUAUUGGGAUUAUAUUGAAAAAUAGCUUGUAAAAUUGCAGAUCUAUUGACUGCUGCCUCUGCAAGCCUUAUACUGCUAACCCUGCCCAGACAGUGCCGGACUUACCCACCGGGAUACCGGGACAUUUCCCGGUGGGCAGUCGGCACCUGGGGCCGGGCAGGCAGCUGGCUCACCUGCGGCCGCAGAGGGAGCUCCCUUGGCGGCCGCCGUGGGAGCUGGCUGUUCUGUCUCUGCUCCCCCUCCCCAGCGCACUAGAAAGAUACCCAGGGCCGGAAUAUGACGUCAUAUUCCGGCCCCGGUCUCAGUAAGCAGUGCGCUGGGGAGGGGGAGCAGAGACAGAACUGCCAGCUCUCCCUGCGGCCGCCAGAACAGCUAGCUCCCGCAUGCGGCCGCCAUCAGAGCUCCCCACAGCCCCAGGUAGACAUUGUGUGUGUCAGUGUAUGUGUGUGUCUGUGUCAUGGUGUGUGUGUGUCUGUCUGUGUCAUUGUGUGUGUCUGUGUGUCUAUGUCUGUCAUGGUGUGUGCGUCUGUGUCAUGGUGUGUGUCUGUGUGUCUCUCUGUCUGUCAUGGUGUGUGUCUGUGGGAUGGUGUGUGUGUCUCUGACUGUCAUGGUGUGUGCGUCUGUCUGUGUCACGGUCUGUCUGUGUCACGGUCUGUCUGUGUCACGGUCUGUCUGUGUUACGGUGUGUUUGUCAUGGUGUGUGUCUGUUUGUGUCAUGUAAUGUGUGUCUGUGUCACGUAAUGUGUGUGUGUGUCUGUGUCACGAUCUCUCUGUGUCGUGUGUGUGUCUGUGUCAUGGUCUGUGUUAUGGUGUGUGUCAAGGUGUGUGUGUCUUUUUUAAGGUGUGUCUCUGUCAUGGUGUGUGUGUCUGUCUGUGUCACGGUGUGUGUCUGUCAUGGUAUGUGUGUUUCUUUACUCACCUUUUUUUUUUUCCCCCAACGUCGUGCUGGUCUCCCCUCAACUGGCCCUGCCUCUACGUUUGAGAUCAUCAAGCUUGAUGAUCUCAGCCAAUCCGCACUGACACAGGAAGCACCUCUAGUGACCGUCUGAGUGUCUGUCACUAGGAAGCAAUGUAAACACUGCCUUUUCUCUAAAAAGUCAGUCUUUACAUUGAAAAGCCUGCAGGGACAGGCUAUAGACACCAGAGCCACUACAUUAAAGCUGUGUGUGAGUGCGCGCCUGCUAGUGAGUGGGCUUGCUUGUGUGUGUGUGUGCCUGCUACUGAGUGAGCUUGUGUUUUUAUUUUAAUGACCUUAUGUAUAUCAGAGAGAUUGUUUGUCUAUAAGGCUGUGUAUCAAUCAGCUUGUGUCAGUGAGAUUGUCUGUGUCUGCAUGUGAGUAUGCUUACUGUAUAAUUAAAAACUUUACUCUGAAAGGACCAAUAUUUUAUAUUGGAAAAAGAUAUAUAUCUCUCAAUCAUCUAGGAUGGCAAGACAUAACCUUACAUAUUACAUGUGACAAUAUAUGGCGCAAUGACUUAUGGGGCUGGCAUAGAUUUUUUUUUUUUCCAGGGCUGCUUUUGUGCCCAGACUUUGUGACUGUUCAAUCACAGACUUUCCAGUGUAGCUCAAUGUGAAGUCUUUGCUAAGGCAGGUGCUCUGGGCAAUUGCUGCCUCUCGAGUUAAGUGCAAAUAAGCUAACCAAACCAAGAAGUAACAUUACCUGUUGUCUGCUUGAAAAGUCAAGGUGGGUGUAACCAGUUGAAUUGAUAAGUGUCAAUUUCUAUUAAAAACUGCACAUUUUACAAAAUGAUAAAAAUAUUACACACUCCACCUUUAGGGGUCUGGAGUGUCCCUUUAAUAUGAUAAGGUUAUCCUCAAGUAUUUAAGGGAAAUAGAUUGUGUUUCCACUCCAGAACUGUUGGACUGAAACACUGUCUGAGAAAAGGUGCAUUUAUUUUUUUUUUUAAUAUACAUAUUUUUUAAAUUCAAUACUUGAUGAAAGGAUUAAAUUACAAUAGUUUUGAAGAAGCAUUUGUCCUUUGACAAUGUAAUUCAUUGAUUUAAUGUACCUUCAUAACUGUGCAUGACAAAAUCUGUGUGGCUGUUAGUCUUUGAGUUUAUUUAAAGCAAUUGCUAUCCUUCCUCUUUACAAGCAAGUUAGAGGGAGAGAGCAAUCUAAUCUCACAUGGAAACUGUGCAGCCUGCCAAUCCUGCUUCCUAUUGGCACAAGUCCCCUGCUGGCCAACAAGCUCUAGGUCCAAACUCUGCUUUGAAUAUUUUAGCAUAGACAGGGGGUUCAUUCACUAAACAGUGGCUUGCUAACCAAAUUGCAGCAUUGAAUCAUUUUUAAGGAAUAAGUCCCAUAGUGCUUACAUGCUACACAGUUAAAAUGCAGCUCAAUUUGAAGUCUUUACAAGGCAGGUGCAAUUCCUUCCUCUUGAGUUUAAGUAUUUUAACCCCUUAAGGACCAAACUUCUGGAAUAAAAGGGAAUCAUGACAUGUCACACAUGUCAUGUGCCCUUAAGGAGUUAAACAACCAGGAAGUAACAGGACUACUUAUCUGACAGCCGGGGGAUGUAACAAGGUUAAUUUGUAAUAUUGCCAAUAUCAAUUGCAAUCUGCACUUUUUAUUAAAGGGAAAAAACUGGCUGAAGUAGGUCUAGUGUUUUAAACAGCUGGCAAGCUAAAAACAGAACUGCUUGGUGUGCUCGCUACUCAUGUCAAAUGUGUUAGUAAUUGCUUUAAGAACUAACAGAAAAACGCACUACCCAUUUAACAGGUUUUACUAGCGAUCCAAAAUGAGUAAUCGCACUUAAAGCAAUUGGGAAUUGGCUGAGUACCUUAGCCAAUACAUGACUGGGUAUUCAUUUCUAUGAAGAUUUUACUGGGCAUGCAGACAUGUACAAGUUUCUCACACAUUCAUGUUUGUUUAUUCCUAGUGGAAAUUAAUAUAAAUAAUGGGCACAUUGCAGUACAGUUGCAUCCAACCAUUGUUAAACACAUAAAAGUGAAUUUAAGCAGGUGAUGACUCACUUAUUUUCCUCAGUCUUUUUUGUUAAUCUAAUGAAAUGUGAUGAGCCAUUGCUUUAACCCCUUAAAGGGACUCUCCAGUGCCAGGAAAACCGUUUUCCUGGCACCGCAGGUCCCCUCUCCUUCCCGCCUCCCAUCCCAAGUUGCUGAAGGGAUUAAAACCCCUUCAGUGACUUACCUGUAUCCAGCUCCGAUGUCCCUAGGCACUGGGUCGGGUCUAGUAGACAGCCACUAGAAGAGGACUUAGUCCUGCAAGGUAAAUAUUGCAGUUUAUGAAAACUACAAUAAUUACACUUGGGUUAAGGGUAGUGGGAGUUGGCACCCAGACCACUCCAUUGGGCAGAAGUGGUCUGGGUGCCUGGAGUGUCCCUUUAAGGACCAAGCUUAAUUUGUUUGUUUUACACUAAAAGGGACACUACACUUCCCAAAUACAAAGUAAAUAAAAAUCACUCUUUGGCAGAUAUACUCCAUGUGACGAAAGUACCCUCAUCACGGGUUCUUGGAGGGGCCUGCUUGCUUGCCAGCCUCUUGCCUCAGGACUAUGGGUCCUGCAAUAUACCUUGCCCAAUGCACUUUAAAAGGCUCGGUUUAUGUGAAGUAUGUACUUUUGUACUCCAGAUAGAGAGACCGACCGUUAGCCCUAAUUCUCUGGAACCGUUUUGGGCACAAUGCUUUCAUAUGGACGCUGGCGUCUUCUCACUGUGAUUUUCAAGAGACAGCCACUGGAGGCUGGAUUAACCCAUUUAUAAACAUAGCAGUUUCUCUGAAACUGCUAUGUUUAUAAAUAAAAAGGGUUAACCCUAGCUGGACCUGGCACCCAUGUCACUUCAUUAAGCUGAAGUGGUCUGGGUGCCUAUAGUGGUCCUUUAAAUCCUAACCAUAUUUUUUAAAAUUUAUUAUUUUUGCUGUGCAUAAAAAUACAUACAUAUGGCUAACAGGUCAAAAUAAAAGGCAUAUAAGUGACAAGGCAAUCAGAGAAACAUGCCCCUUUUUUUUUUUUUUUUUAUUAUAGUGACAAGCUAAUAAAACUGUCUGAAUUAAACAUAUAUAGACUUGGCUCAUAAUGUAAGCUUGUGAAGGUAUAAAUGUCUAAACAUGAGAAAAUUAGAGAAGCAAUUGCGUGAAGUUAAAACUCAAGAAAGGACCACUGUGUCCUAGGACAGGGCUUGGCAAAUUUGCUUGGAAUCUAGGAGCCAGCUAGAAAAGUUAGGAGCCAGAGAAAUCAACGCCAAAAAAAACAAUUCUUAAAGGGACACUAUAGUGACCAGAACCACUACUGCUUAAAGAACACUGCUCAAAAAAAUUAAGGGAACAUUAAACAACACAAUGUAACUCCAAGUCAGUCACACUUCUGUGAAAUCAAACUGUCCACUUAGGAAGCAACACUGAGUGACAAUCAAUUUCACAUGCUGUUGUGCAAAUGGGAUAGACAACAGGUGGAAAUUAUAGGCAAUUAGCAAGACACCCCCAAUAAAAGAGUGGUCCUGCAGGUGGUGACCACAGACCACUUCUCAGUUCCUAUGCUUCCUGGCUGAUGUUUUGGUCACUUUUGAAUGCUGGCAGUGCUUUCACUCUAGUGGUAGCAUGAGACGGAGUCUACAACCCACACAAGUGACUCAGGUAGUGCAGCUCAUUCAGGAUGGCACAUCAAUGCGUGCUGUGGCAAGAAGGUUUGCUGUGUCUGUCAGCGUAGUGUCCAGAGCAUGGAGGCGCUAACAGGAGAUAGGCCAGUACAUCAGGAGACGUGGAGGAGGCUGUAGGAGGGCAACAACCCAACAGCAGGACCGCUACCUCCGCCUUUGUGCAAGGAGGAGCACUGCCAGAGCCCUGCAAAAUGACCUCCAGCAGGCCAUAAAUGUGCAUGUGUCUGCACAAACGGUCGGAAACAGACUCCAUGAGGGUGGUAUGAGGGCCUGAUGUCCACAGGUGGGGGUUGUACUUACAGCCCAACACCGUGCAGGACGUUUGGCAUUCGCCAGAGAACACCAGGAUUGGCAAAUUCGCCACUGGCGCCCUGUGCUCUUCACAGAUGAAGUAGAUUCACACUGAGCACAUGUGACAGACAUGACAGAGUCUGGAGACGCCGUGGAGAACGUUCUGCUGCCUGCAACAUCCUCCAGCAUGACCGGUUUGGCAGUGGGUCAGUAAUAGUGUGGGGUGGCAUUUCUUUGGGGGGCCGCACAGCCCUCCAUGUGCUCGCCAGAGGUAGCCUGACUGCCAUUAGGUACCGAGAUGAGAUCCGCAGACCCCUUGUGAGACCAUAUGCUGGUGCGGUUGGCCCUGGGUUCCUCCUAUUGCAAGACAAUGCUAGACCUCAUGUGGCUGGGGUGUGUCAGCAGUUCCUGCAAGACAAAGGCAUUGAUGCUAUGGACUGGCCCGCCCAUUCCCCAGACCUGAAUCCAUUUGAGCACAUCUGGGACAUCAUGUCUCGCUCCAUCCACCAACUUCACGUUGCACCACAGACUGUCUAGGAGUUGGCAGAUGCUUUAGUCCAGGUCUGGGAGGAGAACCCUCAGGAGACCAUCCGCCACCUCAUCAGGAGCAUGCACAGGCAUUAUAGGGAGGUCAUACAGGCACGUGGAGGCCACACACUACUGAGCCUCAUUUUGACUUGUUUUAAGGACAUUACAUCAAAGUUGGAUCAGCCUGUAGUAUGUUUUUCCACUUUAAUUUUGAGUGUGACUCCAAAUACAGACCUCCAUGGGUUGAUAAUUUUGAUUUUCCAUUUUUUAAUUUUUCUGUGAUUUUUGUUGUCAGCACAUUCAGCUAUGUAAAGAACAAAGUAUUUCAGAAGAAUAUUUAAUUCAUUCAGAUCUAAGAUGUGUUAUUUUUGUGUUCCCUUGAAGUCUAUAUGCUGUCCCUGAACACUUUUUUUCAAUGUAAACAUGGACUUUUCAGACAAAAGGCAGUGUUUACAUUGCUGCCUGGUGACAUCUCUAGCGACAGUUACUCAGAUGGCCUCUAGAGGUGCUUCCUUGGUCAGUGGUUCACAAUGUGCAGCACCUAUGUUAAUUUUCCCCAUAGGGAUGCAUUGAUACAAUGUAUCUCUAUGAGAAGUUAAAUUUAUGCAGUGGUAUUUUGCCGUGCAUGCGCAAUAGUCUCCCAAUGCUUUCCUAUGGGGAAGAUUUGGAUUGGCUGAGAUCGUCAAGAUUGAUGUUCUCUGCCAUGGAGGUGGGGCCAGCCUCUGCGUCACCAGCGCGGCGUUGGAAAAAAGUGAGUAAAAACACCUUCCCAUGUGAUUUGGUGGGAACACACACGCUGGAGUGGAUAGGCUUUCACUGGGGUCCAGUUGGGCUGCUGUUACCUCCCUGCUCUGCUCCAUCUCGCACACUGUUUAGUAAGCUGGGGACCGGAGAAAAUUUAUAUAGAAGCAGCAGAAUGCGAGUGGUAGUAAAGCUGCUUGUAGUAUAAAGUUCCAGGUCAGCCGAAUCCAGGCCUGGCAGGUGCAGGAACUUCAAACCCCAAACAGCCACAGACUUGCUCUGUUUACCUUCGAAACGUGCAAAGCCCAAGUCCUUCCCAUCAAGGGAAUAGUAUAGAAAGAAUACGGUUUGUCGGGAUCUUAUAUGCUUACUUCUUUUUCUGUGUAGUUGAUGCGUUAGGGAGAAACCUUUUGUGGCCUGCAGCCCAGGUGUGUGCACGUGGUUGGAAUUAGUUGCUUGUUACAUAGUUACAUAGCUGAAAAGAGACUUGCGUCCAUCAAGUUCAGCCUUCCUCACAAAUGUUGUUGCUGUUGAUCCAAAAGAAGGCAAAAAACCUGGUCUGAAGCGCUUCCAAUUUUGCCACAAACUAGGAAAAAAUUCCUUCUUGACCCCAAAAUAGCAGUCAGAUGUCUCCUUGGAUCAAGCAGUUAUUACCCCACUAAUUAGAAAUAUGUAUGUUAUGUUUUUGUAAGUAUUUAUCCAAUUUCAGUUUAAACAUCUGUAUGGACUCUGACAAAACCAUCUCUUCAGGCAGAUAAUUCCAUAUCCUUAUUGUUCUUACUGUAAAAAAACCUUUUCUUUGCUUUAGAUGAAAUCUUCUUUCUUCCAGCCUAAAUGUGUGACCUCGUGUCCUAUGUAUAGCCCUGUUUAUGAAUAGAUUUCCAGAUAAAGGUUUGUACUGGCCCCGAAUAUAUUUGUAUAAAGUUAUCAUAUCCCCUCUCAGGCGCCGUUUUUCCAAACUAAACAGAUUUCAUUUUUUUAACCUUUCUUCAUAACUAAAAUGCUCCAUUCCUUUUAUCAAUUUUGUAGCUCGUCUCUGGACCCUCUCCAGUGCCAUGAUAUCCUUCUUUAGAACAGGCGCCCAAAAUUGCACAGCAUAUUCAAGGUGUGGUCUUACCAGCGAUUUAUAAAGAGGCAGAAUAAUAUUUUCAUCCCGAGAAUUUAUGCCCCUAUUUAUACAUGACAAAAUCUUACUGGCCUUAGCAACUGCAGAUUGACAUUGUAUAUUGCCGCCUAAUUUGUUGUCUAUAACAAUUCCCAAAUCCUUCUCGUGUGUGGUUAUCCCUAAUUCGCUACCAUUUAGUGUGUAAGUUGCUUGUGCAUUCUUAACCCCGAAGUGCAUAACUUUGCAUUUCUCGAUGUUAAAUUUCAUCUGCCAUAUUAGUGCCCAGUCCCCCAAUCUAUCCAAAUCUCUCUGCAGGAAAGCAAUAUCCUGCUCACAUUUUAUUACUUUACAAAGUUUUGUGUCAUCUGCAAACACUGAUACAUGGCUUUCAAUGCCUAUUUCAAGAUCAUUUAUAAAUAUGUUAAAUAGAAGUGGUCCCAAAACAGAACCCUGAGGGACACCACUUACCACUUUUGUCCAGCCUGAAAAUUUACCAUUAAUUACAACUCGUUGUACUCUAUCCUUAAGCCAGUGUUCUACCCAAGAACAAGAAUAUUCAUCUAGACCAAUUUCUUUUAGUUUGAAGACUAACAUAUUGUGAGGAACCGUAUCAAAUGCCUUGGCAAAAUCCAAGUCGAUCACAUCCACUACAACACCCUGAUCUAUACUUCUACUUACUUCUUCGUAGAAUGCAAUUAGGUUAGUUUGACAUGACCGAUGUUUCAUAAAACCAUGCUGAUUAUUGCUAAUAAAGUUCUUCCCAAUGAAUUCCUGAAUAUUAUCCCUUAAUAGCCCUUCAAAUAUUUUCCCAGUUACAGAAGUUAAGCUCACAGGUCUAUAAUUUCCAGGCAAGGAUUUUGAACCCUUUUUAAAUAUAGGAACAACAUCUGCCUUCCUCCAAUCCUCCGGUACAACACCUGAAACAAAAGAAUCUUGAAAAAUUAAAUACAGAGGUUCACUUAUUUCCCCACUUAGCUCCUUAAGUACUCGUGGGUGAAUACCGUCAGGCCCCGGAGCUUUAUUUACAUUAAUUUUCUUUAAUAGCUAUAGCACCUUGUCUCGAGUUAUCCAAUCACAAGUUAUUUGCAAGUUUUUUGCAGCAAUCAUUUGCAUAUCUCUUGCCAUAGGAUCCUCAUUAAUAUAUACUGAAGAAAAAUAGUUAUUUAAAAUUUCUGCUUUUUCCUGGUCUUCAUUAGCUAAUAAACCCAACUCUGUUUCAAGUGUACCUACACUUUCAUUUUUUGUUUUUUUAGAAUUGAUGUACUUGAAAAAAAUUUUGGGGUUGGUUUUGCAUUCUUUAGCUAUCGAUUUCUCAUUUUCUAGUUUAGCCACUUUAAUUGCCUUUUUGCAAGCGUUAUUGGCUUCCAUCAUAUAUCUUAAAUAGGAUACCUUUGAUUUGUCUGAUUUAAAUGCUUUAAAUGCCUUUUUCUUAGUUUUAAUCUCUUGUUUUACUUCUCUACUAAGCCACAUUGGUUUUAAUUUGUUUCUUUUAUAUGUAUUACCCAAUUGUACAUACUGAGAAAUGUACCUUUCUAAUAUUUGUUUGAAUAGUUUCCAUUUAUUCUCAGUGUUUUUAUCACUAAGGAGUUUAUGCCAGUCGAUAUAUUGUAGAGCUGCCCUAACCUUAUUGAAAUUGGCUUUUUUAAAAUUAUAUGUUUUAGUAUACCCCACUUGCUUUUGCUUUUUUGAGUUUAUUUCAAAAUGUACCAUAUUGUGUACGAGUAGUACCCAAGGGAGGCUCACCUUCACUCCGCUUUUCAUCUUCCCGGGAACUCGGCUUACAUGGUGCCACUCGCGCCUCUAGUGUAGGCUAGAUUGCGUCCAAUCUCAGCAAAUAUCUCUCCAGAGGGUCGUAAUGGUCUUGUGGCUGCAACUCCAGUGUGUGAUCUAUAGAAAUAUUUUUUAUUAUAGAGGAACUGUCACUUUUGUCUUGCUGACUAUUAUGUUUUCAUUCCGUUUACUGGUCUGUGUAUUAUUGAGGAGUAUACAGGGGGAAUAUUUGUAAACCACACCUUUGUAGCACUUAUAGAUACUGGAAUCGGCAUCUUUCCAAAAUCAUGUGAAGACUUAAUAUAUGCUUUCCCUGCUAAUGAGAUACAUGAGAUAUACAUCAAAUGCCAGUCUGUGUGUUAGCAGUCAUGCAUAAGAAGUAUAAUAAUAAAAUAACUGAACAAUAUUUGGGGAGAAUAUAAAUCUUACAAACCAUGUUUAAAUGUUAGCUAGAUAUAAGCUGUGGUAUAAAAGCUCUGAAGGACCAAUUCAUCUUUAACAGAAUUAUGUAGUUCUAGGAAUUAUAGCCCUAAAAUAGAUGUAGGGCCAGGGUUAGCUAUACUUGGUGUUGACCAUAUUUACCUAAUCCUUGGGGCAGCAGAUUUUAGUUUCCUAAACAGACUUGUUUGUACCCUCUCAUGUGGACAGAAGUCAUAGGAACAUGAUAACGUAGCAAUAGCAUAACCCUCGUGCUCGGUGUUCUCUUAACUGAAUUAUGUCAUGUACCCUUUGGGCACAUUUUCCCUUGUAUCAUUUUUGCAAAUGUUUUCCACGGAUAAAGUCAUGCUUUUACCUUUGUAUGUGUGCCAAUUUUGUUCUUCCUCUGUUUUUUUUUUUUCUUCCCAAUUUUGUUCUUUUUGACCCUGAGUUUUGGCUGCUGUCCCUUACCCGGCUGUCUGCGUCUGUCUUUCUUAGGUUGGCACUUGCAUCCCAGCACAGGAGGAGGAGGAGGGCGGCACUGCUGCAGCCAAUGUCUGCCAAGCCUGGACUGGAGCCCCACACCUACAGACACUGACCACCAGGAGAUGCCUGUAUCACUACAGGCUGAGAUAG